AUGGGUCCUGAAAAAUCACUCUCCCUCAAAUGUAAGCCCCAGCAGCUGGUUGGCCUCAUUUCUCAGUUCCAGGUAAUCGCUCUAGCAGAUGCAGUAGAGGAAAACCAAGCCAAUCUGUUCCAGUCAUUCACCAGGCUGAAAAGUGCCACCCAUUUGGUGAUUCUGCUGAUCGGGCUGUGGCAGAAGCUCAGUGCGGACCAGAUUGCUAUUCUGGAAGCGGCAUUUCUGCCACUGCAGCAGGACACUCAGGAACUGGGCUGGGAAGAAACUGUGGAUGCUGCUCUUUCUCACCUCUUAAAGACCUGCCUAUCGAAGAGUUCCAAGGAACAGGCUUUGAACUUCAGCAGCCAGCUGGACAUACCCAAAGACACAAGCCGAUUGAAGAAGCACAUCACCUUGCUGUGCGAUCGUUUAGCCAAAGGUGGGCGUCUCUGCAUAAGUACUGAUGCAGCGGCUCCGCAGACCAUGGUCAUGCCAGGUGGCUGUGCUACAAUCCCAGAAUCAGACCUAGAGGAAAGAUCAAUAGAACAAGACUCCUCUGAACUGUUUACCAACCACAAACACCUCAUGAUGGAGACUCCUGUGCCUGAAGUUUCACCCCUCCAAGGAGUCACAGAAUAGUUGAAGUAGAAUUGUCUGGUUGAGGGGAAAAUGGCCUUCCGAAGGUUGACCCUGUGUGGACCUCAUGCCAAGCACAGAUGAAGGCCUGGCCCAGGUGCUUCAUCCAGCUUACCUGCCCAGGAGAUAACAAUGUGUAGAGAUGGGGAUCGGGACUUCACAUUUUUCUAGGAGGAUUGUAAUAAUAUGGGCAAGGCAGCUGAACUUGUCUUACCAGGAAAGGAUGUUGCUGCGUUUUGGUCAUCUGUAUGAUUUCAGCUGCAGGAUAUAGUGAGAGAAUAUCUUCUGGGGACAGACUUUAUAAUGCAGAGACCUAGAUCCUGUUUGAUACCCCAGUUUUUUCCACAGAAUUCUUAUAUAGUAAAUGUAUCAAGUUUAAUAAACAUCUCAUUG